AUGCGCAUCUAUGCGAUCCAAAUCUCAAGUUGGUCUCCCAGCAAUGAUCUCUACAACACUCUUUUGAACCUCCUCGACGCGCCAUCGCAAAGUCGCAUCCGUCAGUUUGUCCACCGCUCAGAUGCCUUGCGCUGUCUGAUCGGCCGGCUUCUGCCACGCUACAUCAUCUCGCAAGAGACGCGAUGCGCCUUUGGCGAUGUUCAAAUAGAGUAUAGCGCGCUCGGCAGACCCUACUGCGUAUCAUCGCAAGUCCCCAUCGACUUCAACGUCUCUCAUGAUCACGACUGGGUCGUCAUGGCGUGCGCUACCGCGUACGCGCUAAUAGCGGGCUGGCCUGAUCGAGGUAUUGUCGGGAUCGACAUCAUGCAGAACAUCUUGCCCUUCGGAUCGCAUACCAGCGAGCUUGUCGAUACACUAGCUCCGCAGCUCUCUUCCGACGAGCAGAACAGGCUGCGAUCCUCCGCUUCGGUCGAAGCAGCCUUAUCGAUCUGGACGCUCAAGGAAGCCUACGCUAAGCUCACCGGACAAGGUCUGCGUAUGGACAUGAGACGCUGCAGCUUUGACACGCCGUCGCCAGGCGGUCGCUGCACGAUGCAUUCGUCAGAUGAGCACGAAGAACUUGAAUUCUCCUCUCGUUCGGGCCUCAUACAGGGCUAUACCUUGUCGGUCGCAUGGCAUCGCAGUGCAGGGCCACUGUCGCAAGCCAUAGACCAGGCCUGGCACGCUGCCGACUUUGUUCGUCUGCUCGUCAAAACGUGA